AUGGAGCCUCUCCACUGGAAAUUUUGGCAACGCAGUUUACAAAUCUCCCUCAUCAAGUUCACCCAAUACGACCACACUAUAGAGACCAAGCCCACACACCAACUACAACAGCAUAGGAAUAUGACUUUUCCAGAAAACACCACCAUCUGCAGGCUACGUCAUAUCUUCAGUACAACAUUGGCAGCAGGAUGUAUCCCUGAUAUGUUAAAGGACGCCACUCUUACCCUCACACCUAAACCAGGGAAAUCAACACACGAGAUGGAGAACUACCGCCCCAUCUUACUCCUAGAACUCCUGUACACACAAAGACUCAUACCAAACCUUGAAAUCAAGAAAUACACAACACUAAGCAAUAGGCUUUCGGCCAUCCUCGUCCAGCAGCCUCAGCCUGAUUGGUCAUCAGCAGGUACCUGCCAGCUGACGCCUCGCGGCUCUCCCAGGGGAGGUUCAGGAUCUGAAAAUUUGGGAUCGACUGGGGAGCAUUCCCUCAGCACCCAGACAUCACGGUGGAACUCACACCCACACUAUAUAACAAAGAGUUAUGUAGUAGAAAGACUCAUCUACAACAGCUUCAGGAGAAAACGUAGGCCACACAAACCAUGUACAGAAGGUGUUGAGACCACUUCAGUCCCCACUACAAAAGAGGAAGGUGUGACGACUGUUCGUGUUGAGACCACUUCAGUCCCCACUACAGAAGAGGAAGGUGUGACGACUGUUCCGGGAACAGCUGUUCAAACUACGGAAGAAGGAGGUGUUGAGACCACUCCAGUCCCCACUACAAAGGAGGAAGGCGUGACGACUAUUCCGGGAACGGCUGUUAAAACUACGGAAGGAGGUGUUGAGACCACUUCAGUCCCCACUACAAAAGAGGAAGGUGUGACGACUGUUCGUGUUGAGACCACUUCAAUCCCCGCUACAGAAGAGGAAGGUGUGACGACUGUUCCGGGAACAGCUAUUAAAACUACGGAAGAAGGAGGUGUUGAGACCACUCCAGUCCCCACUACAAAGGAGGAAGGCGUGACGACUAUUCCGGGAACGGCUGUUAAAACUACGGAAGGAGGUGUUGAGACCACUUCAGUCCCCACUACAAAAGAGGAAGGUGUGACGGCUGUUCGUGUUGAGACCACUUCAGUCCCCACUACAGAAGAGGAAGGUGUGACGACUGUUCCGGGAACAGCUAUUAAAACUACGGAAGAAGGAGGUGUUGAGACCACUCCAGUCCCCACUACAAAGGAGGAAGGUGUUGAGACCACUUCAGUCCCCACUACGAAAGAGGAAGGUGUGACGACUGUUCGUGUUGAGACCACUUCAGUCCCCACUACAAAAGAGGAAGGUGUGACGACUGUUCGUGUUGAGACCACUUCAGUCCCCACUACAAAAGAGGAAGGUGUGACGACUGUUCGUGUUGAGACCACUUCAGUCCCCACUACAAAAGAGGAAGGUACUGAGACCACUCCAGUUACCACUACUAUGGGAGGUGUAUCGAACAAAACUGAAACAGAUGGACCGACAAUAACGACUAGCGGCCCUGUUCCAAUUUCAGAAGUGGGAGUUCUACAAAAGCAAUGUCGAGAUCGUAUCUUAGCGGUGGACUCCUCGAUCAACCAAACAUUCACUGAAAAUAUAGAAAUCAUAGAAAACAUCAUUACUCACAUCUUGCAAAAUAAUCCUGAAAUACCCGAUGAUCUGUUCCUGAACUUAACCACUUGCUUUGACACCGUGUUAAGCCUCUCCGAACGGGUACUUAAUUUGAGCGAGGUCCUUAGAGGACUUAUAAAUAAUACAAAUACUACGGCAUCUUGUCCCGUGGAGGAAUUCGAGGAACUGCUAGAGGAUUUGCGGGCGAAGGUUAUAGAUCUGCAGUCUUACGAGGACGUGAUACUUGAACUGCCUCCGGCUCCGAGUAGGAGUAUCGAUGGUAGAAAGAUCUAUACCGACUUUAUCGAUAAGGUUGUGGAGUCGCGUGGCAAAGGGCCUAAUGCCUCCAUUGCCAUUAGGAUGGCUCGGGUCUCAAGCCAUCUUUGCGGCAUAGGGCUUCCUGGGGCUUUCCCCAAUAAGCAUCACGCCUACAAUGUGAAAAGAAUACCCCAGUACUCGUGGAAAAUUUAA